GCAAAAAAUCAGAAAUAGCAUGGGUAGAUUACGAUAUUUGAAAAUUAGAGGGUUGAAAGGCGAAAUAUAUAUUUCUAACUUCGCUCCUCCAUAUUUAUUAAAAUUGCUCAAUCCAGUCCCUGAUUCGUGAUUCCCACUUCCAGCUUUCAACGCAGAGAGAGAGAGAGAGAAAGAGAAAUAUAAAUACAAUAGAAAGAGCAAUAGAAAGAAAGAGGAAGGCAGAGGGUUCAUAAUAAGGGGAACCGAAAACGGGAAAAAGAAAACGAAAAAAGGCAAACCCUAGGAAAUUCUUAGCUUCCGAUUUUGAUUCAUUGAAGAUUUACAUUUCGAGAUCUUAAUUCUUCAGUAAUCCAGAGAUUUUGCUUUGCAUUUUUUCUCUUUUUCGUUGGAUGAAAUUGAAGAGUGUCAUUUAAGGAACUGGUUGUUCUUGGCCAAUGUCGAAUUCCAAGGGGUCAACUAACAUAAGAAAUUUGAUGUUUUCUGGCAAGCAUGCCUUACUUCCUCCUAAAAGUCCAUUUCCUACAGUGGCCUCAACAUAUAAUGAUAGUGCCCCCAACAGUGUAAUUGGAUCAAAAGCAAUUCAAAAACCUAGAGAAGGAAGUACAUACCACCAGCGCACUUCCUCUGAAAGCCUUCUGAUAGAGGAACAACCUUCUUGGCUUGAUGAUCUCCUUAAUGAGCCAGAGACUCCUGUGCGCAGAGGAGGUCAUCGACGCUCAUCAAGUGACUCUUUUGCAUAUAUUGAUGUAUCUAAUGGUCCUAACCUAGAUUAUGCAGCACAGGAUGAGUAUGGAUAUAAAAAUAUGAUUUCUGGACUUUCUUGGGCGUCUCAGGACUUUGAUCACCACAAUUGCAAAGAUGGUCGGCUUAACUCUUUCCGUGCUGAUGUGAACUUAGUAAAGCAAAAGCAUAGGGCAUGGGAUUCAUCUUUGAAUGUUGUGACUCAUCCAAGUGGGCUUCCUUCUUUAAGAGAAAACACAUUUGUUCAGAGUUUAGGAUCAUGUGCACCACAAGAACUAGAGCGAGCACAAUCAACAGCAAAUGGAAAACAAGAUUCAGCUAAAUCUGUCCCUAUUGAUGCAAAAGCUUCUUCUGAGAAAAAAGAUAAUUCUCAUGCUAAGUCUUCUGCCUCUGACAGUGACACGAAAAGAGCCAAGCAGCAGUUUGCUCAACGCUCAAGAGUGCGUAAACUUCAGUACAUAGCUGAGCUGGAAAGAAAUGUACAAGCUUUGCAGGCUGAAGGAUCUGAAGUUUCAGCUGAGCUUGAAUUUCUUAACCAACAGAAUCUUAUUCUUAGCAUGGAGAACAAAGCUCUUACUCAACGUUUAGAAAGUUUAGCUCAAGAGCAGGCUAUCAAAUACCUUGAGCAGGAAGUAUUGGAGAGGGAGAUUGGUAGGCUACGAGUCUUGUACCAGCAGCAACAAAAUCAACAGCAACAGCAACCGCAACAAAAGCAGCCAUCAUCUAGCCAUCGACGCUCUAGCAGUAGAGAUCUUGAUUCCCAAUUCGCAAACCUCUCUGUGAAGGAGAAAGAUACUAGUUCAGGCCAUGACACCGUCACCGGUCCACUCCGCAUUUAAACAUCUAAUUUAGCCAGAGCUUUUUGUGCUAAUACUUCAACCGUCGCUGCCAUGCUGACCAAAUUUGUUGUUUCCAUUUGUGCUGGAUAAAGCCAAGUUCAUCUGGUCUUGGUGCCCUCCCUCUGCCUGAUCUCCUCUUUAUUUUCCGUCAUAUCUUACCCUUAUUAUUUUCCUUUCAGCCAAUUAAAUCUUCUUGUGCACCUGGUAGUCAUUGCCGAAAAUUCAAUUUCUGGCCCAUGAUUCACCUGAGGUGGUAAACAUGAAGAACAGGUUCCCCUUCCUAUCUGUUCAUCAGUGGUUAUUGUGGUUCUGGAAUUUUAUCUGCUCCAUUUUCCCUCCAUUUUGAGUAUCCACCCGGUGGAUCCCACCUUAUAGUGCAGAGAUCUUUAGGCUGUUUAGUUGUGCAUUAUAUAUAAAAUGCAUAGUGGCAGGAAAUUAUUUCUUGUAAAAUGUUUUAAAUCAAAUCUCUGUCAUAUUUCUGGGUUCUGUUGGUUAUAAUUAUUUGCCUGGUAUUGCCCCUCAGCUUGAAGAUAUUUGCUGUUUACAGGUUUGCAAUCAUGGAGCUGCCCUGGUAACAUAACCCUAAGAGUAGUUUCAACUACUCUAUUUGUUUUUUACUAACUUGAGCUUACUUUUAAUAUGAUUGUCAUUACCAACCUUACUAGAACGCAAAUUCCUAGACAGACAGCUCAUUUACGUUUCAGCUGACUCAAUGUGACUAAGGCAGUUAAUUCCGGACAGGGAGGACAGAAUUGGAUUGUUUAAGAAAAAGAGGAACAGCCAAUGUUAUUUGCUCAGUUACUUUUGGAUGGUAGGGUGAAUCAUGUGAGUUGAAAGCGAAGCUUAUGUGAAAGAAAGAUGUUAUUGCAUUCCAGGCUGGUCAGUGGUCACCCUUGCCCUACAACCAUUAUUGAGCUGUAAGGAUGUUAACCCACGAUCAAGCCCUUCUGCAAAUUGCAUGCUAGUUGUCAUUUAUAUACAAGAAUCCGAGAAAGAUGUUAGUUGUCUGUAUGUUGCUCAGAUUCUUCCUUUUCCUUGAACAGUCGUAUCUGAUGCACGGAUAUGGAGAUAUUUUCUUUAAGUACAUGAUUUUUUUAAAAAAAACAA